AUGGUCGACAUGCUGUGGCCGUACUACGACGAAGGGCGUGGCUUUGUCGUCCAGCUCGCCGGCCAAAUGCUGUGCGCGGUGUGGAUCAACAUGUACGAGGCGUGCAGCUGCGGCGCGCGGCAUGCGAUGAUCACCACGUUCCGCGUCGGGAGCGCAGCCGGAUCAGACGGUGAAGGCAGCCGGCCUGUCCGCAGCAUCGAGGUCUUGCACUCCACAUGCCGCAGGGUGGACAUGCUCAGAGAAAAAUCAUAUCAGUACAAUCACUAUGACACUUUUGCCACUUUGCAGGCAUAUGCUGACGAUGCAUACAAGGUGGAUGAUACCUCACUGCCUGCAAUGUUCGGAGGGUUCAGCCACCCUGUUGAAGAUUCCCAAGAACUUCUUAAAUGCUGCAGGAAUUAUUUGAAACGAAAAGGCGAACUGGUUUGGACUGCAGACAGUCUGGUGGACUGCAAAGUGGUGACCAAAUGUGAUGUGUCUUUCAUAUGCCAGGUUGAUCAGCAAUCUGUUUUAUACCGGAUCUCUACUACUGGAGGAAAGUUGAGAUGUGAUGCAAGUGUGCUAGAACCACAGUUGUGCCUAGACAAAAUUAGAGAUGGAGGUGCCAGUGUAGAUUUCCCUGCAACCUGGCAUUUUGUACAUGACGGAUCCCAGUUGUUUGUCAUCCCUUCUUUUCCAGACCAUAGCCAGUACAAGAUUGAUCUGAGCAGCAUGUCCUGCUCCCUCGUCGAGAGCAGACGGCGUGAUAUCUAUUUUUCGGCCGUCUUCCAAGCCGGUGGAGACAUUGUGGCCAUAGGUGAGAAGUUGAUGGCUGUGUACACUCUCGAUAGGCAGAGUUUACAGUGGGUCCAUCGCCGAACAUCGGGGGAUUUGGAUUUGGAGCAAGAGAUUAAGGUUUCUGGAUUCGCAGACGUAGGCGACGGCACAUUUCUGAUCUCAGAUUUUGACACGGAGAGGUGCUUCCUGUGUGACUUGAGGCAUGGUGGCAAGUGGUUUGUUGUGGAACCACCAAGUAUGAGCAGGUGGCUCGGCGAAAUCGGUUUGCUGAACGGGCGAUGCAUAUUUGCGGAGGGUUUCGUAUAUGCCUGCUGGGACGAAGGCCUCGAGGCUUAUGAGUUGGCUCAAGAUGAUGGAGAGUUUAUCCUUGGUGCUCCCAUCGUGCUGGAAUUUCCCUGGCAGAAGUUCUCCGACAGAAGGUUUAUGAGCUUUGAGUGUAUUGGUAAGGAGGAGGACAGCAUCUCUGCUGGUUGCAUUGUCUUCUGCGUGAUCCAAGGGUAUUUUACCGCGGAUCCUUUUACUGAUAGCCAUUCCCUGACUGCCACCACCGUGAUCGUGGAGCGUGAAGAUGCACCCAAAGGGAAAAAACGGCCUGUCAGAGUCAAGCAUGUUGAUGUUGCUGUUUCAUCUGUCCGUCAUGAAGAGCCCAUCUUGACAAACUACGCUUUUGCUUUAUAAGCAUUUUGAUCC